UCCAGUUGACCCCUCCCGCUCCUAAGCUUCGCCCCGCCCCACCCGGAGCAGCGCGCUCGCCCUCCUCUCGCGAGAUCUGAGCGUCCCCCGCCGCGGCCGCUUGCUUCCCCCUCCCGUCCUCCCACCCCCCUCCCCCCAAUCUCUCCACUCUCCGGCUCUCCUCCCUUCCUCCUCCCCCCUCCACCCUCUGGGCCGGAUCUCGUCUCGCUGAGGCGGAGGAGGAGAAGGAGGAGGAGGACGUUCGGCCUGCGCAGUGAGAUGUUUGUCCGUCGCCGCCGCCGCCGCCAUCGCGGAGGAGCGCGAUAAAGGGAGCCGAGCCGGGCGUGAGGGGGACUCGCGGAGCCGCCGCGCCAGCGCAGCCCCCCAGUCGAGCCCGAGCCGCCGGAGCCCGAGCCGCUGCCGCCCCCGCCGCGGCCGCCCAGCGGCCGGCCAGCUCCCUAGCCCAGCCCGGGGGCCGCGCCGCCGCCGCCCCCAGCGUAGCCCCUCGCCUCCCCGCCCGCCUUAAAUGUGACACCGGCGCCUCGGGAGUGCGACCCGAAGCCGCCGCCGGGGAGGGGACGAGCACCAUGUCGAAUCUGAGCAAAGGCACGGGCAGCCGGAAGGACACCAAGAUGCGGAUCCGGGCCUUUCCGAUGACCAUGGAUGAAAAAUAUGUAAACAGCAUUUGGGACCUUCUGAAAAAUGCAAUUCAAGAAAUCCAGCGUAAGAAUAACAGUGGUCUUAGUUUUGAGGAGCUCUAUAGAAAUGCUUAUACAAUGGUUUUGCAUAAACAUGGAGAAAAACUCUACACUGGACUAAGAGAAGUUGUUACCGAACAUCUCAUAAAUAAGGUGCGAGAAGAUGUACUAAAUUCAUUGAAUAACAACUUUCUUCAAACGCUAAAUCAAGCUUGGAAUGAUCAUCAAACAGCUAUGGUGAUGAUUAGAGACAUACUAAUGUAUAUGGACCGUGUAUAUGUACAACAAAAUAAUGUGGAGAAUGUCUACAAUUUGGGAUUAAUUAUUUUUCGCGAUCAAGUUGUACGUUAUGGGUGUAUUAGGGAUCACCUACGACAAACACUAUUGGACAUGAUUGCAAGAGAGCGGAAAGGAGAAGUUGUAGAUCGAGGCGCAAUAAGAAAUGCUUGCCAGAUGUUAAUGAUUUUAGGUCUCGAAGGACGAUCCGUCUAUGAAGAAGAUUUUGAGGCUCCUUUUUUGGAAAUGUCUGCAGAAUUUUUUCAGAUGGAAAGCCAGAAAUUUUUAGCAGAAAACAGUGCUUCAGUAUAUAUAAAGAAAGUAGAAGCUAGAAUUAAUGAAGAAAUAGAACGGGUGAUGCACUGCCUUGACAAAUCAACUGAAGAGCCAAUAGUAAAGGUGGUUGAGAGGGAGCUCAUUUCCAAGCACAUGAAAACCAUAGUAGAAAUGGAAAAUUCUGGGCUAGUACAUAUGUUGAAAAAUGGAAAGACAGAAGACCUUGCUUGCAUGUACAAGUUAUUUAGUCGUGUGCCAAAUGGCUUGAAAACAAUGUGUGAGUGUAUGAGUUCCUAUUUGAGGGAGCAAGGUAAAGCCCUUGUUUCUGAGGAAGGCGAAGGAAAGAAUCCUGUUGACUAUAUCCAGGGCUUAUUGGAUCUGAAGAGUAGGUUUGAUCGCUUCCUCCAGGAAUCGUUCAAUAAUGACCGGCUCUUUAAACAAACUAUUGCGGGUGACUUUGAGUAUUUUCUCAACCUCAACUCCAGGUCCCCUGAAUACCUCUCAUUAUUUAUUGAUGAUAAGCUGAAGAAGGGAGUCAAAGGGCUAACGGAACAAGAAGUAGAAACAAUAUUGGAUAAGGCAAUGGUCCUUUUUAGGUUUAUGCAAGAAAAAGAUGUAUUUGAACGUUAUUAUAAACAACACUUGGCAAGGAGACUUCUCACAAAUAAAAGUGUUUCUGAUGACUCUGAAAAAAAUAUGAUAUCUAAGUUAAAGACUGAAUGCGGAUGUCAGUUCACGUCAAAACUGGAAGGAAUGUUUAGGGAUAUGAGCAUCUCAAACACAACUAUGGAUGAAUUCAGGCAGCAUCUACAGGCAACUGGGGUAUCUUUAGGUGGUGUUGAUCUCACAGUCCGGGUGCUCACGACAGGAUAUUGGCCCACUCAGUCAGCCACACCAAAGUGUAACAUCCCACCAGCACCAAGACAUGCUUUUGAGAUAUUCAGAAGGUUUUACUUAGCCAAACACAGUGGUCGACAGCUCACACUCCAGCAUCAUAUGGGUUCUGCAGAUCUCAAUGCUACAUUUUAUGGACCAGUUAAAAAGGAAGAUGGAUCCGAAGUUGGUGUUGGAGGGGCACAAGUAACUGGCUCUAAUACGCGGAAGCACAUAUUGCAGGUCUCCACUUUCCAGAUGACCAUAUUAAUGCUCUUUAAUAAUAGAGAAAAAUACACAUUUGAGGAAAUUCAGCAAGAGACGGAUAUCCCCGAAAGAGAACUUGUUAGAGCUCUGCAGUCCCUUGCCUGUGGUAAACCAACCCAGCGGGUUCUUACAAAAGAGCCCAAGUCCAAGGAAAUAGAAAAUGGCCACAUAUUCACAGUUAAUGAUCAGUUCACAUCCAAACUACACAGAGUCAAGAUUCAAACAGUUGCUGCCAAACAAGGUGAAUCUGACCCAGAAAGGAAAGAAACGAGGCAGAAAGUGGACGAUGACAGAAAACAUGAGAUCGAAGCUGCUAUUGUGCGGAUAAUGAAAUCCAGAAAGAAGAUGCAGCACAAUGUAUUAGUAGCAGAGGUAACUCAGCAGUUGAAGGCUCGAUUCUUACCAAGUCCAGUUGUUAUUAAGAAACGUAUUGAAGGACUUAUUGAGAGAGAAUAUUUGGCACGAACACCUGAGGAUCGCAAAGUAUACACAUAUGUAGCAUAAAAUGCGUUCAGAAAUUUGAUUUAUUCUUGGACUGUACUCUUCCGCAUGGACUGAGAAGUUCUUUUAAAUCAUUAAAUAUUAAGACGACCAUCUCUUCUAUUAAAUUACAGUACAUGUUCUAGACCAUUCAGAUCAAGCCUUUACUCCCUUUGAGAGUUUUCAACAUCAGUUGAUUGAGCUUCAGGCUUUACAACGUUUAUCCCUGUAGAGAUCAUCUUUACAGUUCCUCGGGAAAAUGUGAAUGUGCCGCGUUUUGUUUUCAAUACUGUAUGAAAACAGGAAAAAAUAAAACAAAAAUUUAGAAAAUACAGCUCAUUAAAAUAAAAUUGUUGGAUUUCAUUUCCCCAGGUCUUCAGUGUUGAUGUAAAUGUGUUUUUGUAGUGUUGCUUAGCACUUUGCGCAUUGUAUAAGUUGGGUAACAAAAAUGGUAAAAGAAAUGACACAGUUCCCAGUUAAUCUUGCUCUGCUUAAGACACUUCUUUAGCUAGUCUUGUUUAAUUUAAAGGUUUGAUAAAUAUACACAGACCCAAGCAUACAUUUGAUGAGCAUGCUUUAUUCUACCAUAUGCACUUACUAAUCUUCUAGCCUUAUGACCAGGAACCUUUAUUUUGGGCUCUAUACACUCCCUGAUUUGGUUUUCCCCUAUUGUAUUUUGAGAUUCCCAAAUUAAGUCCUCUAAUGAUUGGGUUUUGUUUUACGUUAUCUCUAGAGAGAGAAAAUAUUUUAGUAUGUAUAAAUUGUAUAAUAAUUUUUUGCUGUUGUACUCACUGCUAAUAGUGGAUUGUAUAGGGCAGUGUUUUUAUUUCAUUUAUUAUCGACAAAAAUAAAUGAUUUAGUAUGCACACACCCACUAAUUCAAGUAUGUCAGAGCACAAAGUUAGCAACUGGUUGUAUUGAAUUCAGACCCUUGAAAAGCACAUACAGCCGGUACUUUGUUUAUAAAUAUCUUAGGUUGCCCCUCUCUUAAAUAUAUAUUUUGGUGAAGCUGGGGUGCACUGUUAAUUUUCUGUCUAAAAUGCAUUCUAAAGACGCAAUAAAUAUGAAUCCCUUGAUAUUUUUUAACGAGAUCUUCAGUUCUUGCAGCUGUGUUUUGGGAAGUGAUUAAGCAAUAUUUUUCAAACCUGAUGAUUCUUGGGUAUUUAGCUAUUGUCCUCCAAAGAGUCAUCGUUUCAUGUUUUCAAAGAUGUACUUUGUGCUGAAGAUUCAUGUCAGUUAUCCUGUGCUUCCAACUUUCACCAAUGUUUUUUACAUGAUUGAUCCACCAAGGAUUAUAGUUUGCUUUAACUUCAGAGUAUUUUUAUCUUCAAUUUUAUUUAAUUUUGUUUCAUUUUGUUUUCAUAAGACAGUGUUUCAGCCGUGUAAUUGGGGCAAACCACUAUAGGUUGAUGUUGG